UGCGGAAGUUUACACCCAGGACAGCUGCUGCCGCCGCAACCAAUAUGAGCGUUGGCGUGACAGUUGAAGAGUAGCUAGGUGAAGGAGCGGUGCUUCGGUGACAGCGAGGCCGCGAGACCGCAAGCAAAAACAAGCAAAGCCACAGCCGCUGGAUUGGACUUUAGACCUGCGCAUGGCUUCUAUGGGCAGCGCAGAGCGACGGGCUUUCGCUCUGAAGAUCAACAGGCACUCCUCUGCAGAGAUCAGACGACACUUCGGUGGGAACUAUGGCGUUUAUCACAGCCGAUCCAACUCCAAUGCUUCGGCUACAGCCUAUCUCAAUGUGCCUCAGUCAUAUGAGGCGGUGGACCCGUUGGACCUGGAGGAGUUUCUGAUGUCACAGUUAAGAAGUGGAGACUCUGCUCUGAUGCAAGAACUUGGAGACUUUCCUGAUGAUGACCUGAAAGUGGAGCAAGUGGAGAAGGAGUGUCGGACUAUUCGACACUCCGUCCCAGAGGAUGGAGGGGAUUUGGAUCCACAUGUAAAUGACUGCGUUAGAAGCUACACCCAGCCAUGGCUUGUAGUCUCUAGAAGGUGUCAGGGAGAUGGCUGGAGCACGUAUUCAGAGAGAGUUGGCUUGCUCAAACAUCUACAGAAACAGAUUUUUGAGUCUGAUGUUCAGCCAGAAGACAAAGACAAACCAGUCAAGUCUCCAACUUUAGCAGGAUUGAGUGAUGACUCUGGCCGCACACUGACGUCAUCUGACUUCAACUUGCGAUGUUUGGCCCCAGACCCGAGAUUAGAUGGUCUGGUGGCCUUCAGCAACCAUGAAGAACUGGACAGCCUCAACCAGGAGUCACGGCAUGGAAACAGACAAGCCGAGCUGUUUGCUCUUUACCCACCAGCAGAUGAGGAAGAUGCAGUGGAAAUCCGGCCCAUUCCCGACUGCCCCAAAGAACACACCGGAGAACGGAUCCUGGUCCGAUGCCAGGCCAUUAAGUUUGAAAUUGACAUUGAGCCCUUAUUUGCUACGUUGGCUUUAUAUGACCUGAAAGAGAAGAAAAAGAUAUCUGAGAACUUUUACUGUGAUCUCAACUCAGAGCAAUUUAAAAACUUCUUGAAACCUCACACUCCUCAUGUGGAUCACUCCACCCUGGCCAGAUCUGCCAUCUUCUCCAUCACCUAUCCUUCCCCAGAUAUAUUCCUGGUAAUCAAGAUUGAGAAGGUUCUCCAGCAAGGGGAGAUCAGUGAAUGUGCCGACCCGUACAUAAAUCUGAGGGAAUGUGACUCGAAGAACAGGGACAAACUUGAGAAGCUGCGAGGCCACGCGGAGGCUUUCUGCCAGAGACUGGGCCGCUAUCGCAUGCCUCUUGCCUGGGCAACUGUUAAUAUCAUGGAUGUUAUCUCUACUGCUGCUGUAGAGCGUGACGUCACCGACUCUGACAGCAUAAAAGGAGCCAAAUCCAGCAGCAUUGACCGUAGAGCGCAGCUUCCCAGGAGGAACUCGGAGCGUUACAGUACCAUUGAGGAACAGUUUUAUAAUGUUUCUGCCUUCAAACCUGCUGCCAUCACUAUAACCACCAUCUUCAAACAGGAGGGGGAUCGUCUAAGUGAUGAGGAUUUGUUGAAGUUCCUGGCUGAGAUUAAGAAAACUUCGAAUCCACAGAGGAGAAUCAAGACAAUACCAGGCUGCAUCAAGCUGGACAUGUCUCCAGUGCACGACAUGCCACAGGCCUGUCUAUCCCCAGAGCUUAUCCCACUCAUACCUGUUGCUGAGAAAAACAUUCGGCCAGUUAAAGAGGUGUUAGAGUUCCCUUCCAGUGAGGUUUAUGUCCCCCACAACAUUUACAGGAACUUGCUCUAUGUCUACCCCCAGAGGCUGAACUUUGUCAACAGACUUACAUCUGCGAGAAAUAUCACAAUCAAAAUGCAGUUUAUGAGUGGAGAGGAUCCCACCUGCUCUUUGCCUGUCAUUUUUGGAAAAUCAAGUGGCCCUGAGUUUUUACAUGAAGUUUACACCCCUGUUACCUACCACAACAAGUCUCCAGACUUCUAUGAGGAGGUGAAGUUUGCACUUCCAGCCCGUCUGACGGAGAGACAUCAUUUGCUCUUCACUUUCUACCACAUCAGCUGCCAGCAGAAGCAGAACCAGAGCGGCGGCUGUGAAACUCUCAUUGGAUAUUCUUGGCUGCCCAUAUUGCACAGUGACCGUCUUCAGACUGGUCAGUUCUGUUUGCCCAUCAUCUUGGAGCGACUUCCGGUCAACUACUCACUGCACACACCAGAGAAACUUCCUGCUCAGGUCCCUCCCGUCAAGUGGAUGGAGAGUCAUAAAGGACUUUUCAACCUUGAGCUCCAGGCUGUUUCAUCUGUACACACUCAGGACAACCACCUGGAGCGUUUCUUUACCCUCUGCCAUGCACUGGAGGGUGGAGCCACAUUCCCUUUGCGGGUCAGGGAGGAGAAGAUUCCAGAGAACAAGCUGGAGCAUGAGCUGAAGCUGAGCAUCAUUUCACUGUCUUCCUCCAGUUUAGAGCCUCUGGUCCUCUUUCUCCAUCGGGUUCUGGAUAAGCUCUUCACUCUCAUAAUGCAGCCUAUGGUCAUUGCUGGCCAGACCGCCAAUUUGGCCCAGAUAGCCUUCGAAUCAGUGGUGUCUAUUGUCAAUAGCCUUCACAACAGCCAGGAGCUGAUCAGGGACCAGCAGGGCAGGAACAGCCUGUUGGCGACCUACCUGUACUGGGUGUUUCGUCUGCCCGAUCCCCCUCGAGACGUGCAGAGUGCAGGUUCAGGGGGUUCGAUACCUUCAGCAGAGAGCCGUUACAGCACCAUGGGUCGGGCCACAGCUGCCACUGUUGGCAAUAUGCUUCUCCAGUCCAGAAUCCGCAGCAGCAGCAACCCUGAUAUUCCUGGUCCGCACACCUCUGCUGAAGAUGCUGAGGUCAAAAGUAUCCUCUCCGCCAAGGGCCACAACAAUCCAGGCAGUCGCAUGUCUACCUAUGUGGAUGUAAACAGCCAUCAGAACCCCACAGGAAGCACCAGACCUUCCAACAGAAAGCAGUUUCAUGAGGAGCUGGCUUUGCAGAUGGUCGUCAGCACUGGUGUUUGCAGAGAAAAUGCUUACAAAUAUGCCUGGUUCUUCUUUGAGCUGCUGGUGAAGAGCAUGGCUCAGCAUGUGUCUCAGCUGGACAAGCAGAGUGUUCCUCGAAGAAAUCGCUUCUCUGACAGAUUUAAAGAUGACAUCACCACCAUUGUAUCUGUGGUUACAGCUGAGAUUUGCACCAUCCUUGUCAAACAACAAAAGGAGGUAGAGCAAGCAGAGAAAGUCAACAUCAGCCUGGCCUUCUUCCUCUAUGACCUGCUGUCUCUCAUGGAUCGAGGAUUUGUUUUUCAGCUUGUGAAAAACUAUUGCAACCAGAUGUCAGCAAAAAACGUUUCAAUGCCAACGUUGAUCAGCAUGCGUCUGGAGUUCCUGCGAAUCCUUUGCAGUCAUGAGCACUACCUCAACCUGAGCCUCUUCUUCAGCAGCCCUGCUUCAGCACCUGCCUCACCGUGUCCAUCCAUCUCCUCACAGAGUUCUGGAUCUUGCAGUUUCCAGGAGCAGCAGAGGAUCCUGGCUCUGUUUGAUCUUUCUCAGGAAUUUAAGCAGCAGCAUUACCUCACCGGGCUGCUGCUAACAGAACUCAGUGCAGCACUGGACAUGGAGUCAGAGGGGGGGAAGGUCCAGAGGAAGGCUAUCAAUGCAAUUUGCAGCCUGCUGUGUGCCCAUGAUCUUGAUAACCGCUGUAUUAAACCUGAAGUCAGAGCCAAGGUGGCUACUCUCUACCUCCCCCUGGUGGGGAUCAUUAUAGAUUCCACCAAUUACCUGGAUUUCACAGUUUCUGACACACGCAGUGGAAAAAACAAGACUGGCGAACCUGAGGAUGACCUUGAAAAUGUCCCACCCAUCAAUCAGUCUGUUGCCAUGGCAAUUGCUGGGAACCCCUUCAACACAUUAGGAAGAAAUGUUCUCGUCUCUAUGGCAUCCCUGCAAGGUAAAUCCAUAGCCACCCUGGCAGCAGAUACCAGUCGCCACCUGUUGGUGUGUUUCCUGUGGGUGAUGAAGAAUGCUGACAGGAGCCUGAUUCAGCGUUGGACGGUGGAUAUGCCUCCCUCACAGCUCAACAAACUGCUGGAACUCCUCACUAUCUGUGUGUCUUGCUUUGAGUACAGGGGUAAGCAAAGCAGCGACAAAGUGAGCACCCAGGCCUUACAGAAAUCUCAGCAGGCUAAACUGCAGCUAGAAGAAGCCCUGCUGAGAGGAAUGGGAGCCCGUGGGGAAAUGAUGAAACGAGUUGGAGCAGGAAUGGACCGCACUUUGGGUCAGAGAGAAAACCUGCGCUGGAGGAAAGACCUCACUCAGUGGAGACAAACAAAUGACAAACAGGAUAAGACUAAGGCAGAGUUGGACCAGGAGGCUCUGAUCAGUGGGAACCUAGCCACAGAAACAAACCUCAUAGUGUUAGACCUUCUGGAGACUAUUAUACAGGCGGUUCCAUUGACUGAGUGUAAGGACAGCGUAGUUGGUGGAGUUUUGAAAGUGUUACUCCACUCUCUAACCUGCAACCAGAGCACCACUUUCCUGUCCCACACCUUCAGCACCCUCAGAGCGCUGGUCGUCAAGUUUGGAGACCUGUUGUUUGAGGAGGAGGCAGAACAGUGUGCAGACCUGUGCCAGAAGGUGCUUCAGUACUGCAGCAGCCCUGUUGAUGAGAACAGGAACCAAGCCUGUGCCACCCUCUAUCUCAUAAUGAGAUACAGCUACAGCAAUGCCAGUAACUUCUCAAGAGUAAAGAUGCAGGUCACCAUGUCUUUGGCCUCACUGGUGGGCAAGUCUUCAGACUUCCAGGAGGAAUACUUACGCCGCUCCCUCCGCACCAUCCUGGCCUACGCGGAGGAGGAUGCUGAAAUGCAGAACACUCAGCUGCCCUUGCAGGUGGAUGAGCUUCUGAGAAACCUCAACAGUAUUUUGUCUGACACAGUAAAGAUGAGGGAGUUUCAGGAAGAUCCCGAGAUGCUAAUGGACCUCAUGUACAGGAUAGCAAAGGGCUACCAGACGUCGCCUGACCUCCGUCUGACCUGGCUGCAGAAUAUGGCAGAAAAGCACAACAACAAGAAGUGCUACACUGAGUCGGCCAUGUGUCUGGUCCACGCUGCAGCUUUGGUGGCUGAGUACCUCAGUAUGCUCGAGGAUCACAAGUACCUCCCUGUUGGCAGUGUCACCUUCCAGAACAUUUCCCCCAAUGUGCUGGAGGAGUCGGCUGUGUCGGAUGACAUCCUGUCCCCAGACGAGGACGGGGUGUGCUCUGGACGCUACUUCACAGAGAGCGGCCUGGUGGGGCAGCUUGAGCAGGCUGCUGAGCUCUUCAGCAAUGGUGGUCUCUAUGAGGCAGUGAAUGAGGUCUACAAGAUCAUCAUACCAAUCCUAGAAGCACGCAGAGAUUUCAGAAAACUGGCGUCCACGCAUGAUAAGCUUCAUAGAGCCUUUGAUAACAUAAUUCAGAAGGGCCAUAAGAGAAUGUUUGGAACCUAUUUCCGUGUGGGUUUUUAUGGGGCCAAGUUCGGCGACCUGGAUGAACGGGAAUUUAUUUACAAGGAACCUGGGAUCACACAUCUGCCGGAGAUAUCACACAGGCUGGAGAACUUCUACAGCCAAUGUUUUGGAGAUGACACGUUGGUGAUGAUUAAAGACUCUACACCAGUGGACAGAAAACAGCUCAAUCCUAAUAAGGCCUAUAUCCAGAUUACUUAUGUGGAGCCCUACUUUGAUGACUAUGAGAUGAAAGACCGCAUAACAAACUUUGAGAAAAAUUUCAACUUACGCCGCUUCAUGUACACCACACCCUUCACCAAGAGUGGACGACCCCGGGGCGAACUAAAUGAGCAGUACAAGAGGAAGACCAUCCUCACCACAAUGCACGCCUUCCCCUACGUCAAGACUCGCAUCAAUGUCAUCCAAAAAGAGGAGUUUGAUCUCACUCCCAUUGAGGUGGCCAUAGAGGACAUGCAGAAGAAAACGAGGGAGUUAGCCGUUGCCACACACAGAGAACAACCAGAUGCUAAGAUGUUACAGAUGCUGCUACAAGGCUCUGUGGGAGCCACUGUUAACCAGGGCCCACUGGAGGUGGCCCAGGUCUUCCUGAAUGAGAUCCCAGCGGAUCCAAAGCUUUUCCGUCACCACAAUAAACUGCGCCUGUGUUUCAAGGAGUUUAUAAUGAGGUGUGGUGAGGCAGUUGAGAAGAAUAAGCACCUGAUCACGUCAGACCAGAAAGAGUACCAGCAGGAGUUAAAGAAGAAUUACAAUCGCCUGAGAGAGAGCCUGAGGCCUAUGCUGGAGAGAAAAAUUCCUGAGCUCUAUAAACCCAUUAUCAGGCCUCGGCUGGAGAACAGGGAUUCCUUCAAACGCCUAAGUUUCCGCAGAACACCAGAGGAAAACUCCUAAAAAAGACACAGCUUGUCUAUGAGAGAAUACUAUAGAGGGGAAAUGGAGAUUGUCAUACAAAUGAGAGGGUAAACAAGAGGAUAAGAUGAAAAGAACGGCUGGUGGUACCUCUGAAAUCCUCUGCACUGGAGCUGUGUCCACCAAGGAGUACUCACAGUUUUCUGGGAUCCAGCAAUGUGUAUUAAUAUCUGCAGCAUGUCCACUUUUAUGAUGUUAUGGUUUUUUGUAGCAGGAGGCAAAAGGAGAGUGAGCACAUAAAUAUAAGGGGAUUGGGAAUCACAAGUGAAGUGUAGCUUAUCGAGCAUUUCCACUGUAAAAUCUUCAAGUCCUAAUAAUGCUGCAAACAUUUCCUCUGGGCUGGUAAAACAGCUGUCUUAGGUUCUUACAGGCCCCAGGGCCCAUAUGUGGUAUGUGUGUAUAUAUAUCGAAGUUUUUGGUGCCAUACUGAAGACACUUUUUUUAACCAAGUGAUGAUCAAUAAUUCUGUUUUGUGCUGAAAGGCAUCUAAAUUCCACUGUGCAUUUAUGCCUAACGUGAUGGCAGGAGUAUAUAUGGAUUUGAGAACUUGAAAUGGGUAUAAUUCCCUGUAUUAACUUUAAAGGGCAUCCUUUAAAUGUCCUUUUACUGUUGGACAUACAGUAUGUGGCUUUGUAGUUAAUAGAAGAAUUGAACAAUUUCAUAGGAGCAGAUAGGCCAUUCUGAGGCUGAAAAUUACACAAUAAAAACACAUGAAAUCCACACUUUGUAUAGAGUAAUCACAGUGAAUAAUAAUCAAGAUGUUUACAAGUGAAUGACAAAAGUAUUUUGCAUUUUUAUUUAAUGUAAAGGUAUUUUUAGAUAAAUAGUAGCAAUAAUGAAAAUAUCAAGAAGGCUGGAUUCAGUGCACACUGUAAGUCUAUUCCAGUUCAGUAUCUGUUUGUAAAUAAACCACUUCAUAUGGGAUUCACUGUGCUAAAUUCAAUUCUUUCCUUAUUUACUUAAGAGCUGAGAUCCUUGGGUAGACUUGCAAAAGUUUAAGUCACUCCACACAGCUCUGCUUUGGAAAGCAUAUCAUGUUUAUCCCUUAAUUCAAAGUGUGUUCCAGAAGAGAUCAACACAGUUGCUAAUCUAAUUGGGGUUACGUAUGUCGUAGCCCAAUUCAUUAAUACAGAUGUACUUAGUGUUUCAAAAAUGGGAAUACAUUUCAUUUGUAUACAUCAACAAUAUUUCUUUAGAAUUUUUUAUGGUAUUUAUUACCUGCUACGUAUUUUUAAGAUGGUUUAGUGAAAUAAAAAAAGGUAAUGUAUCAAAUGUGAGUUUCGUUAAAAUGUCUGCCUAUUUUUGAAACAUUAAGAAACUUGGUAUUAUAAGAUAUUUUGAUGGCAUUCAACCUCUAGAGACUGCAUCUCUUAUUUUUAUUUUUCAUACCUUUGUGUUUUUGUAUAUUGGAGAAUUUUUUUUUUUUACUUGUUAUGCAUAAAAUGCUGUUGAAGAACUGGAAUGAAACUGAAUAUAUGCAUAUAGUCACCACUGCUUGUGAUUUUGAUGUUGACUAAAAAAUUAAACUGCAUUUUUUUUUUUUGUAGUUUGUAUAUUGCCAUAUCUGUACUUUAUUAAAGUGUUGUAGUGGA